GGAACUGACGUCAUCUCCCUGCGCUGCCACGUCUGCUCAGCUCCGCGGUAAUGGAGGCUGAGGAUGAGUGCUGACCCGGCCGGGCUCUGCCUUUAACUUUAGCUCUGGCUCUGACUCUGGUGCUGACCUGGGGCUGGGGCUGGGGCGGGGUCUGGCAGCCCGAAGUCUGGACACCUUUACUCGACUUUCCCGGCGGGCACGGCCUGCGGACAACCAGCUGGUUUGGAGCGCUUCAACGCAGGGAGGGAAUUCUCUUGCGUGGGGUCCAGCCUGUAAAGCCGACGCCUUCUGCUAGGGAUCCCGCCCCACCGGCUGGGCCUCCUCCAUGCAGUUGAAACAGGUUGACAGACAUUAACCUGGGUUGCAACUACAGGUAGCGCUGGAAGCAGACUGGUUCCCGGACAUGCCCGGUGGAAGGAGGGGCCCUAGUCGGCAGCAGCUAAGCCGUUCAGCUUUACCGUCUUUACAGACCUUGGUUGGUGGGGGCUGUGGAAAUGGAACAGGCCUGAGAAACAGGAAUGGUAGUGCUAUUGGCCUUCCGGUCCCACCUAUCACAGCCUUAAUCACCCCAGGUCCUGUUCGUCAUUGCCAAAUUCCUGAUUUGCCUGUGGAUGGAAGCCUGCUCUUUGAAUUUCUCUUUUUCAUCUACCUGCUGGUUGCUCUGUUUAUCCAGUAUAUCAAUAUCUAUAAAACAGUGUGGUGGUAUCCUUAUAAUCAUCCUGCUUCUUGUACUUCACUGAAUUUUCAUCUCAUUGAUUACCACCUGGCAGCAUUCAUCACAGUGAUGCUUGCAAGGAGGCUGGUGUGGGCCCUCAUCUCAGAGGCCACUAAGGCGGGUGCAGCAUCUAUGAUUCACUACAUGGUUCUGAUAUCAGCUCGCUUGGUGCUACUCACUUUAUGUGGAUGGGUACUUUGUUGGACCCUCGUCAAUCUCUUCCGAAGCCAUUCAGUCCUCAACCUCCUUUUCCUUGGCUACCCGUUUGGUGUUUAUGUUCCUCUCUGCUGUUUCCACCAAGAUAGUAGAGCCCAUCUUCUUCUCACAGACUAUAACUAUAUGGUUCAGCACCAGGCAGUAGAAGAAAGUGCCUCAACUGUGGGUGGCUUGACCAAAUCCAAAGACUUUCUCUCCUUAUUGCUGGAGUCUCUAAAAGAACAGUUUAAUAAUGCCACUCCCAUCCCCACGCACAGCUGCCCCCUAUCUCCAGACCUCAUUCGAAAUGAAGUUGAAUGUCUGAAAGCGGACUUCAACCACAGAAUCAAGGAAGUUCUCUUCAAUUCCCUCUUCAGUGCCUACUAUGUUGCAUUUCUCCCCCUGUGUUUUGUGAAGAGUACCCAGUACUAUGACAUGCGCUGGUCUUGUGAGCACCUCAUUAUGGUGUGGAUCAAUGCUUUCGUCAUGCUCACCACACAACUGCUGCCAUCCAAAUACUGUGAUUUGCUACAUAAAUCAGCUGCUCAUCUGGGCAAGUGGCAGAAGCUUGAACAUGGGUCCUACAGCAAUGCUCCACAGCACAUUUGGUCAGAAAAUACAAUAUGGCCUCAAGGGGUGCUGGUGCGACACAGCAGAUGCUUAUAUAGAGCCAUGGGGCCUUACAACGUGGCAGUGCCUUCAGACGUAUCCCAUGCCCGCUUUUAUUUCCUAUUUCAUCGUCCAUUAAGGCUGUUAAAUCUGCUCAUCCUUAUUGAGGGCAGUGUCGUCUUCUACCAGCUCUAUUCCUUACUGCGGUCGGAGAAGUGGAACCACACACUUUCCAUGGCUCUCAUCCUCUUCUGCAACUACUAUGUUUUAUUUAAACUUCUCCGGGACAGAAUAGUAUUAGGCAGGGCAUACUCCUACCCACUCAACAGUUAUGAACUCAAGGCAAAUUAAGCUGCCUCUCAACAAUGAGGGAGAACUCAGAUAAAAAUAUUUUCAUACGUUCUAUUUUUUUCUUGCGAUUUUUAUAAAUAUUUAAGAUAUUUUAUAUUUUGUAUACUAUUAUGUUUUGAAAGGUGGGAAGGGUAAGGGAUAUUAAAUGUAUCCACAAACAAGGUGAUGUGAUCUUUCAUGUGUUAGUACAUUUGAGUAAUACACAGGACGAGAGGUGUGCCUCUCCAGUAAAGAGAUUGAUUUGUUUUUAUGGC